AUGUUGAGUAAUGAAUAUCUAACCAAAGUUGCUUAAUUAUUGGGAAUGACCAGUCAUUAUGAAACUAAAGUAUGAGAUCAUAAUACUUAUUAGUUAGAAGAAUAAAGAAUUAAAUUGAGUAUUACGCCUCAUUUUUAAGCAAGAACAAUAUAUAAUUUAUUAAUUACAGAUUCAAAAGGAAUUAUGCGUAAGGAUCUAAUAAAUUUGUUUAGGUAAUAAUAUUAUUUAUCAAACUUAGAAACUUUAUACUAAACAUAAGCUAAAGAGAAUUGGAUUAUAUAUUUUAAUUGUAUUCAUCUGAUAAUCUAUAUAUCAAUUGGGAAGACUUUUCUUAAUUAAUCUCUCCUUUUGAUAUGUAUUUAGAUACAAAAAUUUAUGACAACCCUAAUGAAUAAAUCGUUUCUGAUAUUUUACAAAAAUUGAAACGUCUCUUGGAAAUUGAAGUAAUAUACUUUAGAUAAGCUGAACCACUUAGAAUGAUAUUAUUUGAAAAGUAUAAAGAAAAUGGAAAGUAAUUCUGUGCUUUAUUGGAGGAUAAUCAAAAAUUUAUAUCACAACUAAAGUAUUUCAUAUUUUGUAUCUAAGGUUAAUCAAUUUUAUGAAUAAAUAAUAAUAUAAAUAUAGUUCUUAAGAUAUUUUUUGCCUGAAAAAAAGAAUUAAAUGUUCAGAAGAGAAUAUUUCUUCUGAAUAAUUCAUUAAAUAUUGUCCUCUCUUACCAUUUAAAGUGAUGAUUAGUAAAUCUCCAGAUUAUCGUCUAAUAACAAUCAGAUAACCAUCUCUAGAAACUCCGAAAUCUGCUUAAUUAUUUAAACGCAAAUCAAUAGAUCGAUUUAUUCCAGAAAAACCUUUGAUCACUAUAGAAUCUCCUUUUCCUUAAGAAGAAAAAAUACUUUAAUAAGCUGCUUCAGUUCCAUUGUUAAAGUAAGUAGAAAUGUCAAAUUAUGAAUUCUAUACUGGAAAAAAACCUGUUAAUACUCCAACUCUUAAAAAUUUCAGGUUUCCUUCUUCUUAAUAAAAUUAUGAAUUUUCAAUUAAAAACUAUUAGAAAAAUGUACAUUUAUAAGAUUACAAAGCUACUUAAUAAGGAGUUUACUUUGGUUAAAAUCAAAAAAUAACAAUCCCUACAUUCUCUAGAAUAAAUCCUCCUUUAGAUAAUAAAAAAAAUUAAAAUUAAAUUAUAGACAAAUUUUUAAGGCCAUCAAGAUCAAGAAAAGAUGGAUUACUUGAAAAGCAAUUUAUAUAAGGGGGAAAUAACUAAAGUAAUUAAAAUAAAAAUUCUUAACGUACUGUAAAAAAUGAUUAGACGGUUAAAAUACUGGAUACUAAUGUUUUAAAUGAAUAUAUGCAUCCAAUAUUUGAGUAGCAAGAUUAAAUUUUAGAUUCAGACAAUUUAACAAAUACGAGAAAAUAAAAUAUAUUUGAUAAUGUAAAUAGUAAUUAAUAACAACUUCCAUUCAAUACUUUAUUUUAUUCCAAAUAAAAAUUUAAUUUUCCUCUUAAUUCAGGAAAUUUAAAUCCUAAAAAUUAAUUUUAAACUCAAAAGAUGACCUAAAAUUAUGUAACAGCACCAAUGUUAUAAGAAUAAAAAAUACUAUAGUAUUGA